AUGAAACGUCUUAUCAUCCUUUUCGACAUAUUCAUUUCCUUCUCGACAGCCCAGAGAAUCGACUUUGAACCGUCUAAAUUCGAAAGAGGAGUCUUGGAAGUGGAAGAUGCAUUGAAUACGUACACUGACUUGAGCCAGGCCGACAUUGCGUUUAUGCUUUCGAAACAGUUCAAUUACACGAAUUUCCUCGCCAACCACAUCGUCGAUGGUUUUUUCAUCAACUUCAAGGAGAAAUGGCAGAUGAAAAUGGUUUUGAAAAAGAAAGCUGAUAAAGGCAAAAUUAAGCACUUCACUGGGAAGGGGUUUGAUGCAAACGGCGAACAUUUUGAUGUUACCAACGGAACUAUCAUGGAGUCAGGACACUGGACGUUCAUCAAGAGCUACAACGGAAGAGGGCCAGAAGGAUGGGUUCACGAGUGGCGCUACGCCGGGCAGAUGAACGGUAAAAUUUGGCACGGCGGUUUCCAAAAAGUGGAAAAAGCCUUCGACGAGAUGUUUAUCGCGCAAACCUUUUUCUACGAAAACUCAACGGCUUUCGAUUACCCGCCAAAAGUGCAACCUCACAAAUUAUCAGCCACAACUGUCUCAAGACCAUUUAACUUGUGCAAGGAGAAAAUAAGUGAGUACAGUCAGGGAGUUCUUUCCGAUAUAAGUUCCGCAAGAGAAAAGAGACGAGUCCAAAAUUGGUCCAGCAAAUUGACGGGAAUCAUGGAGAACAUGUUUGAUGGUGUCAAUUCUAAUGGAUUUCACAUUGAUAUGCUUUCACAAGUUCGAAAAGGAAUGGCGAAUAGGGUUGGGGCGAAUGUCGACGAUUUGGCUCGAGUGUGCUUUCGACGGGUGGUCCAACAUAGAUUCAAGAAAAAAGGAAACGGCGGAAAACACUUGAUAACAAGAGCACGAAGACUGCUGAAGCAACUCUGUUCAAAAACAGCUUCCAAUGGAGCGCCUGAGUGUAAAAGACUGUAA